UGUUACUCUUUGGUUAAGACUGGUUGAGACAAAAUUUGGGAACCGGUAUUGAAAGUUUCAAAAUAUGAUUCGAUCGCGAGAUGAUCCAUUAUGGUCUAAUAUCGCAAUUCGAAUGGUGAUGAAUACGGUUUCGCACCCAAUAGAAUAUGCCAAAGUACUAAUACAGAUUGGACACGAACCUAUUCCACCAAGACCAACUGUCAGGUUGUUCGGUCAGCCUGCAUUGAGUUUGCCAAAUAUCUUUUCAUAUGUCAAAUAUAUUAAAAGUGUUGAUGGAUUUACGGGAUGUUAUCGAGGCUUUGCUCCAAAACUCUGCUCUUAUACCCUUAGUGCAGUUGCCGUUGAAAAGACUAGGGAGUGCUUCACAUUUACAAAUGUACCUGAUAGUCAGGUAGAUGAUGAGGAUGAUGAGAAUUUACCCAAAAAUGAAAGGAGAUGGAGAUGUAUUAAAGAAUUUUUAAAAGAAUUUUUUAGUAGAAUCGUAGGCAUAAUUGUUAGUCAUCCUCUCGAUGUCAUAACAUUGCGCAUGAUGGCACAAUUUGUAGGGGGUGAAACAAAAUACACUGGCAUAUUUAAGUCGUUCAUUCAAAUUUAUAAGGACAAUGGUAUCGUAGGAUAUUAUGCUGGAUUGGUACCUCGUCUAAUUGCCACUGCCUCCACUAUGGUGCUGGUUGCUACCUCCUCGUAUGCAAUCAAUAAGUAUAUUAUCCGGGAUCGUGAGCUAAGAGCUUAUACCACCUCUACUAUGACAUUCCUGGCAACGACUGUUACGUAUCCAUUCUUGGUCGUGUCACAUUGUAUGGCUGUAAAUAACUGCGGGUUAGCGGCCGGUCUUCCCCCACAGAUGCCAAUUUAUGAAAAUUGGUUGGAGUGCUGGAGCCAUCUUUCCUCGAGGAACCAGCUGAAGCGUGGUAGCAGUCUAUUAUGGCGUUAUUAUACUGGGCCAAUACCGAUUGAUAAAGGCAGCAUGCUGCGUAUGCAAUGAUCGACGUUGCUCAAUUAUGGGAGCAAGUAGAUACUAAUGAAAUACUUUAAAACACUCAGGAAUUUAUUGUAUCAUAAUACCAGACUCGCAUUGUACAGGGUCUCCCUGAUUGUACGACAUUGUUUUCAAAUGGAAGUAUACAACGUUCUUCAUGAAACGUUAGGAAAUUAAUAAAUUAAUUUAUUUAUUAAUUUAUCUGUAUCGAAUACAUUAAAAUCAUCAAAAUAAGGGCUUACGAUACGGAGCCGUGGAUAAUUAAGGUAUAUGGAUAGGUGCCAUAUCAUCACAUUACAUUUUCUACGAUUCCAUUCUUUUUUUUUUUUCCCUUCAAUAAGGUAUGUUGUCAGACGUGUCGCACUUUUCAAUCUCAGAUAUACUACAAUGCUACCGCACCAAUUUAAUAACAAUAGCUUAUGUGCUAGUAAUAAGCAUAAAGUUUACACAACCAUACUUUUUGAUUAAUUGAACUUAAUAUACUUUGUUGUUAAAAUUGAUGCAAUGUUUUUAACGUUGCUUUUUCAUUAUUCUAGUGUUUCACGGAGAACAUUGUUUCAUUAUCUUGAUUCGCGAAAUUUGGAAUAUCCAAUAUUAACCCCUUGCUGUAGUUUGGCGAGCCUAACUCAUGAUACCAAUUUUGAGCCGAACAUAUAUAUCACAAGUCCUAUUCGUGAUAACAAUUUCGGACCAAACAUUUACAUUACGAGUCCGACUCGUAGUGAGAGUUUUCAAUGGAACAAAUGUUUCCGUUCUGUGAGUAUCUUUCCCCCAUGGACGUACACUGGGAGACAUCAAUGCCCUCCCAUCCAGCACAGGCGAUGUCGUAUCUGUAAGGGAGGCGCAUUCAUGUCCGCCAUUGUACAAUAUAUGGACCGCUCCCUCCUUAUACUUGUACAAUAUAUGGACCGCUCCCUCCUUAUACUUGAACAAGGAGGUGACUGGGUCUAACAGAACGGUGAGAGAACAAAGAACUGCCGCGACCGGGCCUAUGCUUGUUCAUGCAACAGGAGUGCGCAGUGAAAUAAUUUGCGUAUGUGUGUAUUGCUGUCAACCAACUGUCAAGUACUUACUACGCAUUCGAUCAGCGCAGACAAACGGAGAUCCGAUCACGACAGUUCUCGUUCUCUCACCGUUCUGUCAGCGGCACACAAUGAGCGGGCCAUAUAUUAUAUAUGUAUAUGUUCAUGCUUUCCCCGCCAUUUUGGUUCGAUUUUCGAGCGUGUCCGCGAAUUACUUCGGCCCGUUCGGUAAAUAUCGUCCCCCUUCCGGUUUAGCCCGAACUUUGCUGAGCUAACUUGUACGGUAAUGGGUUCAUAUCUUUAUAGGUAGGGUGUAUAUUUAUUAGAAGAGCCGAAACUUCUUAAGAAUGACUCCUCAAGAUAAUUUUUAUUUCGAUUUCAUUUGAUUAAAUUUCAUCGAGAGACUUUCCAAUAGAUUUAAUUUGCAAAAUUAUAUGAAUUGUAACACUUUUAAAGUUGUAAUAUAUGACUGAAGAUGCAUUGUAGAUCUAGGAUUAACAUUAAUUACUGUGGAUAUUUAAUUGCCUUAUCAGCCUUUGCUUGUAAUCUUAAAUCCCUUUGUAAACACACUGCCAAAUUGGUCGUUAAAAGAAUAUUAGUUAAUAUGGGAACUGAUAAGCUGAUAUGAAUAUUAAUAAUGUUUAAUUAUUUAAAUGUAUUAAGUGGAAUUAAAACAUGGAUGGUCGAAAA